AUGAAUUCAGUUAGCGAGGAGCCUGGUGAUCUUUUCGAAGCUCCACCACGAUCAGCUUUAAUCCAUGCGUGUAAUGCUCGGGGUUCUUGGGGCAAAGGGAUCGCAUUAGAUUUCGCCCGAAAGUAUCCCUGGGCGUACAGAAAAUACCGUCAACACUGUUUGAGAAAGAAAGAUGAGAAUGACGUUUACGAUAUUCCUGAUCUCUACGCCACUGGGGACGGGACAAAGACUGUCUCGGUGCGUUGGCCGGUUGGCACAGCGCUCAUCAUUUAUCCCGAAAGUUUGGCCUUUCCCUCUGGCGCAAAUCCCUGGAUUAUCUGUCUGUUCACAUCUUUCGACUAUGGCAAGCGUGUCGACUCGCCUCAAAUGAUCCUCAAUAACACCAAUGCUGCCCUGCUUGACCUGCAACACCAACUCGUUACUAUGGAAGGAGGGAGACAGUUUGGAUUUCCCACUGUUGAUCGUCUUUACUCAUGUCGCUUUAAUUCGGGUCUUUUUGGUGUUCCAUGGGCCAAGACAAGACAGUUGGUAGACAAAGUGCCCUUGGGUUUGCCUUUGACCAUUGUUUAUCCGCCAGAGGAAGAGCAAGCUUAG